CAUAUAACUCACCUGAACUUUUUACACUGCCGAGAAAUCCUGUUGUGAUAUUGGUCCAUAUGAAAGCGACUUUUGUUGUGUGAUGACCUAAGGAAUUUAGUGUUUUUCUCUUCUCGAUUCUGAAACAUUGCCCUACUAAUAAGGCGCGUAUAUUAAUCUCGUAAAUGGUCGUUACACGUUUUAAAGAUUUUCCCCAUGUACGUCCUUUGAUAACUACAGCAGUCGUUUUAUGGAUUUGCGUAAUUAUCUAUUUGAGUUCCAGUUUCUUCAAUUUGGAAAGUAGUGAUCAGCAAAGUUUAGCUUGUCAAAAUUUACUGGAUGUAAUUACUGGUUUAAAAUCGCAAGUCGAUAUCGGGUCGGCAAAUUUAAGAAUAUUUCUUACGUCGUACAAUGAUAAAAACAAAAAAGAAAAUACUAUUGUAAAAAGAGUUGGGAUACAUGGUAUGUCAUAUGAAAUCUUACGUCGUCGUGCUUUGCAGUAUGCUCGUGAAGUCAAGUAUAGUCUUGUUCAACUUGAUAAUGUGGGUGUGAAAAUAAAAACUAUUGAAAACUACUCUUUAAUCAAACCGUUAGAAGAAGUGCAAGUCUCACUGGAGCGAUUAAAAAGUCAGUUACAAGAUAUUUCAUUACACUUGCACGUUGAUAUUGAUGGAAUUGGACGAGUUGACGGUGUGUUGGAAUCACGAAUGAAUUAUCUGGAAUAUUUAUCAAGUGAACUUCAAAGUGAAUUAUUCCAAUUGCAGAAUCCCUCAAGUUGUACAAAAGCUAAAUAUGUGGUUGCCUCGUUAAAUAAACCUUGUGCAUUCGGUUGUAAUGCCCAUCAUUUAAUGCAUUGUUUUCAAAUGGCCUAUGCAACUGGGCGUACAUUAAUCUUGAAUCCUACUGAUGGGGAGGAAUACACACACUGGUGGAUAAAAACUUUUUGCCAUUAUCUCAGAAAUGCAGUAUAAAUGACAUUCAGUCAAAUAUCCAUUCUGAUUUUUUUGAUGGGAAGGCGUUUAAUACCUAUCAAGCAAUUACGUGUCCGCACAUAGAAACAAUAAGCUCUUCAUUUGAUUGGAUCCCUCAAGCUGUUCCCGGUCAUUUGAGCAAAUUACUUGCGCGUUUACAUGGUGCCCCAUUUGUGUGGUUCAUUGGUCAGUUGGGUAAAUUUUUAAUGCGUCCAUCGUUUAACUUCCCUGAAGAAUUUAAAAUAUUCGACGAUCAACAUGAGAAUCCAGUUGUUGGUAUUCAUGUCCGACGUACGGAUAAAAUAAAUACUGAAGCGAGUUUUCAUAGUUUAGAAGAAUAUAUGACUGAAGUUGAGAGCCAUUUUCAAUUCAUAGAUGCCAAACGUCAAAUGAUGUCUAGAACUGAAGAGUGGAGAAAUGACAUCAAAUCGCCGUUUCGUCAUAAUGUAUAUCACCAAUUAAAACCAGUACAACGACGUGUGUAUAUAGCUACAGACGACCCUAGUGUAUUUAAUGAAACUAAAUUAAAGUAUCCCAACUAUAUAUUUUAUGGUAAUCGCGGACGUGCUAAUUCAGCUUCUGUCUUCAGACGAAAAAAUGAAGAUUCUAUUAUGGGUGUGGUAACUGACGUGUUCGCUUUAUCAAGAACGAAUUAUUUAGUUUGCACUUUUUCUUCACAGGUUUGUCGAUUAGCUUACGAAUUGAUGCAGUCUAAUCAUUUAGAAUUAGGUGAUGCAAGUCAACAAUUUCGUUCAUUGGAUGAUAUAUAUUACUUCGGUGGACAACAAGCCUCACCAUAUGAAGUAUUAAUAUCAAGCAAAGAACAUGGUUUGUCUCCUGGUGAUUUAGUCCACUUCCAUGGUAAUCAUUGGAAUGGUUACGCAAAGGUUGAAAAAUUGAAUACUAAUCGUAAAGUAAUGGCACCAGCAUUUAAAUUCUCUCCAAGAUUAAUAACUGCUCCUAUGAUCGGUGCACAUGGAAAUCGGUCUGAAUUUAUUAUUGAUUAUAAAUAAUUGUAUUUUUCUAAAUAGGAAGAUUAUUUCGUUCAUGUUUUUCUUCUUUCCUUUGUACCACUAACUUACUGAUUUAUGGUUUUAUAUUUGAAAGACAUCGAACCUCAUUUUUUUAUUGUAGCGUCGAUGCUCUCAGCUAAAGACUUUACAGAUCAAGUUGAAAUUGAUCUACAUAUGGCUUUUCUGACUUCAUUGUAUACACGCAAAUGUUUAUACACAUAUCCUGUGGUCUUGAUGUGAUAUAUAUUGACUGCACAAUUGUAUGAUUGGUGUUUGUUUGUUGUUGUUUUUUUGUGUAUCGUUUAUUCCAUGUGUUGUAGUGUAGUGUAGUGUGGUGUGUAAUUUGUAAAAUAUGACAUAUCGAAUGAAUGAGUUAUUGUUUGUUGCUUUAGAUAGUGAUGUGGAGUACCAACAACAGAUAGCCUUUUAUCUUUAGAAAUAUGCUUGAAUGCAAAUAUCACCAAGUUCCACUGGUGGGAUCCAAACAGUAAUUAUUUGACAUUAAAAACGAAAAACAUGUAUUUGUAAAAUGUCAGCGAAUGAAUUUAAAGUAAUAGAUCAAACGUUUCUCCUGGCAAUCUGGUCCAAUCCUUUCAAGGAAUUAUAAUCAAGCAUCAAAUCUAUCAAAUAGAAAUAGAAAUAAGUACAUAGUUCUCUGGUUAACUGUAUGCUAAAUAAGUCAUCCAAUCAACCUUAACAAUGUUUAUUUUAAUGUGCAAGAGACAUGUGGUGUGAAAUGAAAAGUGUGUUAACCUAACAGAUUGUGUGUAUUCGUAUGUGGUAUGAGAAGAGAUCUCAUUCACUAUAUAUUAUUGCCUGUGAUCGGUGAGUUUUUAAGAAACACAUAAAUAUGAUAUAAAUCAAAAAUAUGUCACAACAUGCAUAAAAUGAAAAUAAAUAAACAAAAUAAAAAAUGAAGGACAAACAGAUGACCAUCAGGACUCAAUAACUAAGUGGAUAACGUGAUGGCUUUUGAAGCGAACGGUACUGGGUUCGAGUUCUAUAGUGAACAUCAACUCUAGCUGACAAGUCCCAAAUAAGAUGGAAGAUGCGUCCUAGAUUCCACUAUCCAUCUUUGCUUAGAGUUAAGACAAUCCGCACAUGUGCCAGUAAGAGACUGAUGAAUUGCUGUCCUAAACAACAAUGGGAAGAUACAAGCAAACAACAUCAAGUGAAUUUGAAGGAAUAAAUGUUUGUGUCAUUUUUAUUUUUCUAGUUAAUUGUUUAAUAUAAGACAACUGACUAGAACAGUUUGUAUUUGUUGUUAUUCAGAAAAUGAAUGGUGUAUUAAAUGAAAUAGGGCGUUCAGGUUUACUUAUCAGUUAUUAUUUUCCAUGGAAUAGCCAAUUGUAUUCCAUCUCUCCUAUUAGUACUAUUUGGAUUUGCCCAUAUAUGUAGGGCUUCGACUAUUAGUCUUUCUUUGUAAGAAUUAAAACCUUUUCGAAGGAUUGUGUCAUUGAAAUCAACUGUAUGACCCUAUUCUAUUGAGUGUAAUGCUAUCACUAAUUUGUUUACAAGUGUUCUUUUUUAAAAUCAUCUGAUGAUUUGGGAAUGCGCUUUUAGCAUAGCUUGUGUUCCUUCUACCUGGACAGGUUAAUUCUAAAUAUAAGUCUUUUCUUUCAUAGAUAUUCUUGGAUGUAAUUUAGGUCCAUCGUAUACAAACAUGAACCAUAUCAUACAAUAAACAAAGCUGAUUGCACCUUCUAUGUUAUAAGAAAGUUUAAGAAUAGACAAACAUGAAUGUUUAAAAGCACCAGUUUGUUGCUAGAUCAACUGAUCAAAUAAAUUUAUAUUUGAUGUCGGAUAUUCGAAGGAGUCAGUCAGCUACAACGUAGGACUAGGCACAUAUAUGCAUUGGUCCAAGUUGCCAUACCUCAUUAACACAACAAGAUGGACACCGGAUUCAUAGAAGUAUUUAAUUCAGAGGUGGUAAUAUAUAAAAGAAAGAUUGCAAUAAGGAUAUAGUACGGGAAGAAAGAUAUGAAGCGAUUUUAAUCUCUCAGUUUAAGGGAAGACAGAGAGUGUAUACACCGACGCCAUUGUGAUAGAUUCUGAGCCAUAUCACACAGUCUCCAAUCAUUGAUUAUGAUAGUCACGCGGACCCCAACCAUGUAGUCUGCAUCUCCCGACAUGGCCCAGACUAGAAGUUAAUGACUUCAAGCACUGAUCCCACGUUUUGAUUUAGCCCCUCUAACUUUCUUCCAUCCAUCCCCAACACUAGUCAGCAUUGCGCGUCAUGGUAAUCAGUGUUCAGCCAUACGCAACACGUGGCCCAACCAUCUCAGACGAUGAAGAUUCGCAACCUAAUCAACUGAUUUGCCACCAUUCCCUAAUACCCUGCGUCUAACCUCACUAUAACUUACCUGGUGAUCCCAGGAGAUGCGAGCAAUAUUUCAAGGACAUCUGUGGUCAAAUACUAGUAGCUUACGAGUAUCUUCUACUCUUAAUGGACAUGUUUCGCUGCCGUAAAUUAAAACAGAGCGAACUUCCGCGCAGUAUACUCGUCCUUUUAUUGAUAGACGGAUAUCUCGCCUUCGCCAUAGGUGACGUAAGUUGGCAAAAGCCAAAUGGGCUUUUCGAAUCCGUGCUGAGAUUUCGUCAGACACCAACUCAUUAGGGUUGAUCAAACUUACAAGAUAAGUGAAGUUGUUAAUACGUUCGACUACUUCACUCCCUAUCCUUAGUUCAUGUGUUGACGCAGACCAGUUGUGAAGCAGCAGCUUGCAUUUAGAGGAGAGAAGUGCAUUCCAAACAUUUUGGCAUUGUUGCUCAGUGCUAAUAAAAUACUCAGUAUUUAAUCAGCGACUUUAUCUGCGUAUUCUAAGUCGGUAAGUAGACCUCCUGGUAGGAGAUCAAUGUCUUAAAAUUCUGUCGACGAGCGUUAUUUCCAGCAGUAGUUCUAUGAUGAAGUUCAACAAAAAUGGAGAAAGUGGACAGCCUUGCUGGACACCACUUGAGGUUCGCCAUAAGCUCUGACUCGACUAGUAGUGUUCGAGUAAAGAGCCUUCACAAGGUUUAUGUACUUCUGAGGUACGCCUUUCAAUGACAGACAGUGUCACAGAAUCUCGCGGUCUGUGGAGUCAAAUGCUGCCUUUAAGUCAAGAAAAACCACCAUUGUCGGAUACCGAUAAGUAUGCCUGUGUUCUAGAACCUGACGAAUGGUGAAUAUGUGGUCGAUGCACCCACGACCCAGACUCCGUGUGUCUUAAUUCUCGUCAACUAAGUGUAUGUCUACAAGUUUAAGUGACUUGGAAUCGCUUGCAACGUAAUCCGUAGAAGUCGAUCGGCAUUAAAAACUGGACGAGCACAACAUUGGUUACUACUCAGUAGUUAUCAAUUUAGAUAUCUCGGUUCUCUAUGAUUUCAGUCACGUAGUAUCCUACCGAGUGUUUGUGGAAAGUUUAUAUGUGGUGAGAUAAGCGGACAAUCCUAUCGAUUAUUAUUUGAGGUAGACAGUUCUGGUGACAGGUCGCCGUAAUCUUAAGCUUGACUAGUGUCUUAGUAGAUAGCCUUCAUUAGGUUUACAUUCUAUUUCAAUAUAAAACAGCUGCAAUUCUUAUUACUAACAAAAUGUAUCAGUUAUCUAUGGCUCCAGGGAUCGUAGGUCAUUUCAAUACAUACUCAUUGGCUAAAAUGCUACUAUGCAUGUUCCUACCUGUACGAGUAUUGAUUGAAGUAGAAGUACAAAAUGUAGAUUGGUAAUUCACAACAGAAGAGAAACGUGAUACUCUCAAGUUCCUUAAAACCACUUACUGCCGAUAUAAAUUAUUAUAUGUAUUUAAGUAGUAAUGACUCCAGUGCAGAACAGAUAUAUAUUUGAAUACGUACAUUUCGCACAAUCGUUGAUCGGUACAGACAGUCAGAGAAACGCAGAGAAGGAAAAGGAGAGGUGUGUGAGUCAGUUCGAUCUAACCAAUUGUGAAUCGAUAUUUAUAAUCAAAAUAAAAAUAAGCUAAAGACAUACUGAGUAAGAUUAGAAAUGCGCACACAUACGUUCAUAUAAAAGUAAGGUUGAUACGCGAAUAAUUAACAAGGUCAAAAUGUGACUCAAUUUGCCUGUUCGGAAGUUAGAAUAAGCUGUGUGGGCUUGAUACAGCAACCGAACUGGAAUAUGAAGACCUCGACAUCUGAGGGAAAGCAUGGAAUACAAUGGACAGAUCGGAAUCAAUUAGAAGAUUUGGACUUGUAGAUGAACCGGUCUUUCUAUCCCAUAUACAUCAAAAAAUGCAGGUCAAGACAGACUGUAGCAGCAGCCUCUGCAUCAAUAGGCCUCAACAUACACAAAGGAAAUCGCGACAUCCUCAAAUACAACACGAAGAAUUCCAACCCAAUCACAGUUGUUGGAGAAGCUGUGGAAGGUUUCACGUAUCUGGGUAGCAUCAUCGAUGAACGUGGAGGAUCAAGCAAUAUCGAGGUUACAAUCUUUAAUACGAACGUCAAAACAGUUAGUUAUAUUGUAGGGAACUGAAACUUGGAGAGCUGCCAAACACUUCUCCAAAAUGUACAAGUAUUUAUAAACGGUUGUCUACGCAAGAUACUCAAUGUCCAUUGACUGGGUACAAUCAGCAACAGACUACUGUGGGAGAGGACAAAUCAGCUUCCAGCUGAAGAGGAAAUCAGGAAAAGCAGUUGGAAGUAGAUAGGACAUACAUUGAGGAAAUCACCAAACUGCAUUACGGGGCAAGCUGGAAUCCUGAAGAAGAGGAAGGCGAAAGAACACACUGCGUCGAGAAUCGGAGGUAUACAUGAAAAGGAUAAAUAGCAACUGGAAACGAUUGUUUAGAACAGGGUUGAAUAGAGAGUGCUGAUGAGCGGUCUAUGCUUCUCCAUGAGGGGUAACAGGCGUAAGUAAGCAAGUAGAUAAUACAUACAAUCAAAAAUGGAGCAGUCUUUGACAUGGUAUUCUUAUUCUUAUGGUUUGACUCUUAUUUCUCACACAAAUAAUGUGGAAACUUAGCAUUUGAUCGAAUUACUUCUUGAAAUAUAUUUUGCCGAUAAUAUCAUAUGGUUAGAAUGAACGUCAUCUUCACAUUAUACACCAUCUUAUCAAAUGUAUUACUUCAGUCAAAUAUAAAAUGAUUCUAUAUUCAUAAUCCCAUAACUUUUAAGUUUAGUAAGAAUCCAUAGAACUGGAAAAUGCGUCAUUUUUUCUGUGAAAUAGAUACUAUUUAAGUUAAUCUAACUUGUUUUUGAAAUGUACACAAUGAAAGGUCAAAUAAUGCGAAUUAAUGACCUUAUUGAUUAAGAUCAUGUACCGAUUGAUGUUAGACCAUCAUUGAAAACCUGAAAGCACUAGACCGUCGUUUCGUUCUAUUGUAGGACUCCUCAGCAGUACGCAACCAUGAUCCUGCCACGCGAGAUUCGAAUAUAGGUCCUAUCAGUCUCGCGCGAGAACCUACUAGGCUACUGAGCCGGCAUCCAACGGUGUUAAUAUCUAACCUGGAUUCGAAUCCCGCGAGCGAGAUCGUGGAUACACAUUGCUGAGGACGAAAGGGUCGUCCAGUGCUUCCAGGUUUUCAGUGGUGGUUUAACACCAAUCAGUUCAUGAUCGCAAUCAAUAAUGAUACUUCAGCUAUGUUAUAAAAAUUUUAACUUGAAACUUUAGUUUGCUAUUUGUUUUCUUGUUCGUAACUAAACGUGUACAUGUACAGAUAAAUAUAUCCUUGAACUUUUCAAACAUUCCAUUGUUAAUCAAUAAAAGUAAAUGUACCAAUGUGAUUUUCACUGGAUGGAUGAUAAAUAAACAAACCGAACUAUUUGAUGCUUAUGUCUAUUGAUUCACCCUUAGGUUGUUGUUUUGGAAUGUUUAGAGUUUUAGUUUGUUCGUCUAUUUGUUAGUUAGUAAACGUAAACAUUACUACUCAAUAAUAAUUGAUAAAUAAAAAGUAAUUUAUUGAUAUAUAUAUAGAUUAAAGAACGUAAUUUACUAUAAUGUAUAUACAUAUACUAAACAACGAAGUGUCAGUCAACUUUAACGUAGGACCAGGCACAUUUUCACGUCGGUCCAAGUUGCCACACUUCAUUAGCAUAGCAAGAUGAACACCAAAUUCAUAGAAGUAGUUAAUUCAAUGGUCGUAAUAAAUAAAACAAAGAUCACAUAUAAGGAUAUAGUACAGGGAGUUAAGGUCUCAACAAGUACGGAGCUAACAUGAAAAUUACUCAAAGAAAGGUCGUGUGUGACCGGCCUCAAGCUGUUGUCUCUUAGUCAAUGCGGACACGCUCUCAGGCCUCAGGGAGUUGGAAAACCCUGAUUCAAAACCAAUGGUGCACAUGGGCUCCAGGAUCCUGUAGGGACAAAUGGCGUAUGAACCAAAUGGUUACUAGCUACCGUGGGACUGUAUCUCCUGACGUUGUUCCACUGCCUUGUGGAUUAGACCUUUAUUUAAAUGUCUCGGGGUGUGUCCUUCUAAGGAAACCACCUACUUCGGAUUGGGUGUCCAGGCAGUAUUCCAGCCCUCUCACAGAUCGAAUGAUUUGUGUGGCGCACAUAUAUUUGGUGCCUCCUUGUACCAAUAUCUACGUUUUUAAAUAAAUAGUGUAAACACGCGGAACAGGUUUUCGAUUUAUAUCAGCGUCAAUCUCAGGCCACCAACAAGUCUGACGAGCAAGUGAUUUUAUUUUCUUCGCUCUGAGAUAAGUGGAAUGAAGGUCAUCUAAUACUGCAGAUUGGAUUGUAAGAGGCAUUAUUAUUAUUAGUAUCCCUACCAAGUCUUCAUCCGCUAAAUGUCUUUACUUAGGAUAUAUAUUUUAGUCGGUGAAAACAGUUUGAGGAAAGCCUGUCUAUUUAAACUGUUAAGUGUUUCUUAGUAUAGUCUUGUGUCUUAGUUUCCAUGCAAGCUCUCUACUAUAAACCAAGUCAAAAAGUGGGGACAAUACUUUUUUAAAGUUAGGAAUAAAUUUGUAAUAAAACUGAAGAUUAUCAGUACAUGAUCUAAGUGCUGAGAAACUCGCAGGUGACGGUGCUUGAGUCAAUGUAUCUAGUCGGCUCAUAUCACGUUUAAUACCCUUAGCAUCUACAUUAUAGACUAGGAAGUUGAUAGAAUUAAGUUUAAACUGACACUUGGAUGAGUUUACGAACACAUUUAUGUCACAAAAGUGUCCGAAUAAAUUAAAGAGACGUCCAUUAUGUAACCUAAUAUUUUCAACAUGAACUAUGAUAUCAUUCUGAUACUAUUUAACACUAUUAAGACUGGUGAUAACGUGAUUAACAACCUUCUGAAAUAUUUCACAGGAGAGACAAUUAAUAGGAAUUGCAAGAAUUUAUAUCUGAGCGACCCGAAUGAUGUAAUAGUAGUAGUUAGUUCACUAGAGAUUUCAUCCAAUGAAAUUUGCAAAUACGCAUCUUUCAGGUCUAUUUGAAGAAAACAACUUGACCUUUGUAAUUCCUUAAGAAUAUAUUUAGUUUCUUCAGCGGCACUGUAGUAAACAGAUACUCAAGAAGAUGGGCUCUCCCUUUAUUUCUAAGUGUACUAGGUGAAUUUUUAUACCUCCCAUGGCCUUUGAGCAAUGCAAGACAAGAUCUUUGGUUAAGGUACUGUCAGAAAUGCGUACUUCCGGCAAUCUUGGGGUCUUUAUUGCAAGCACAUAUGAGUUAUACUCACUAACUAACAAAGUAACAUUGACUAAACUACCCUCUUCUUUCCUGGCAGAAGUGUUAACUGUAACAAUAAUAAGUAGCUGGUGACCAGUGAUGCCAGUAAUCGCACCACUUUUAGAUUUUAAAUGGACAUUAUCAUAAAGAAACAAUUAAUUUAUCUUAGAAAUAAUUGACUCCAUCCAACCAGUAUUAAAAAUAAGUGUUAGCCAUUAAUUUCCACAUUAAAUGUGAACUACUUCUGCAAGCGGUGGUGAGUGACAAUGAAUCUAUCCUCCUGUCCAAAUCAGCUGGUCUUGAUCAACCAUCGUUCAGGGUUUUAGCAGUAAAUGACUUGGAGCUUUGAUAAGUUUUUGUGUAUAUUCAACCUUGCCACAUUUACUAUGACGUCCAUAAAGAAAUUGGCAUGAAAUGCAAAGAUAAAGCUUUUCAUAUAAAAGGCAGGAUUCAAUGCCCAAAGACGAAUCGAAAUGUUUUCCGAAUUAUUCACUUGUCUGAAUGGAUCGACACUGUUCUUGUUAGAAGUUUAUACAGUGCAGAAAAUCUAUUCAUAUUCGAUGAUAAAACUUAAUGUUGUCUCGUAACGCCAUCACGAGGAUCAUUAUUAACAUCUUCAUAAAUAAAACAGAAGUCUUUAGUUAUUUGAAAAGUUCAGGAAGAAAUUUGUAUAAGUUGCUUCUGUAGUUUAAAAUGGUUUAUACCAGCAAUCAGGCGGUCACAAAGUUGAAUAUUCAGCUGUUCACCGAAAUUACACUUAGAAGCUUUUAUCUGAAGUUGUAGUGUGAAAUCUUUAAUAGUCUGAUUCGGAGCACGAAAUAAUUUAUUGAACUAUGCUCUUUCAUGUGUUACGUGAUAAUGAUAUGUUAGUCACCUCUUUUG